AUGUAUACCAUAGAGUUUCAGAAAAGGGGGUUGCCUCAUGCCCACUUAAUAAUUUUUCUUCACCCAUCCAACAAAUAUCCAAGUCCAUAUGAUAUUGGUAGGAUAAUUUCUACAGAAAUUCCAAAUUCUGAUACCGACACUGAAUUGUAUAAUUGGGUCAAGUCCCAUAUGAUACAUGGGCCAUGCGGUAUUGGUAACAGAUCUGUGCCAUGUAUGAGGGAUGGAAAAUGUUCAAAGUAUUUUCCAAAAGAGUUUCAUCCUCAAAUAAUUGCCGAUCAUGAUGACUUCCCGCUUUAUGGAAGACGAAAUAGUGGCUACUCAGUGUUAAAAAAUGGAAUUCAGUUGGAUAACCAUCAUGUUAUACCAUACGAUUCUGGAUUGUCAAUGAAGUUUCAAGCUCAUGUAAAUAUGAAAUGGUACAAUCAAAGUACAUCAAUUAAGUAUUUGUUCAAGUACAUCAACAAAGGAUAUGAUAAAAUCACUGCUACCAUAGUUCAAAGUGAUGAUCCAAUUCCACAUGCACAAAGAAGUAUCGAUGAAAUCAAACAAUACAUUGAUUAUAGAUAUGUUUCUCCUUGCGAGGCAUGUUAG